AAUGCACAGCUUUACACGUUGUGUUAGUGAUAUUUGGCUAAUAUUCGCGUUUGAGUCAAGCUAGCAGAGUGUUGUUUGCUGUUAGCCAAAGGAAGUUCCUCUAUCAAUGACUAACUGCCAGAAAACAUCAUUAGCUACUUGGUUCCGGUCACUCUCGAUUGUACAACGACUCAUGCCGAUGUUUUCACUUAACUCGGGUUAGAGUGAGUGGUUGAUUUGUCUAGCUUCCUGGCUAACCAUGAGUAAGGUAUUGUUGAGUGUGAGACAGUUGUUUGUGUCAGUGAAAUGUUCCAGACGUUUCUCUGCUGCGUGUCAGGUGACGAACAGCCCCGAGGACAUGUCCACACUCUACAGAGAGCUCAGUCUCUUUCCUUCUCUGAGCAGAGCAGAUGUUGGACCAGUCAUCACCUCUCAGUAUGGAGGCAAAUACAGCAACAUCUACACAGAAUGGAGCCAGCGCGACCUGGAGAGGAACGAGAACGUCAAGUUUUGUCGUCAGUACAUCGUUUUCCACGAUGAUGCGUCCGUGGUUUACUCUGGAGCCUCAGGAAACUGCACUGAAAUCAAAGGAGAGGUGCUGAGUAAGGAUUCACCUUCAGGUGAAAUGAAGGCUGUUGUCAGAGAGUGUACAGUGAAAGGGGAGGAGAAACAGUUUCUGGAGAUCUGGAGUAAAAACAUCAAGAUGAGGAGCAUCAACCUCACAGCCUUAAAAAAACAUGGCAAAGUCUAUGAAGAUGACCAGUUUGGCUGCUUGGUCUGGUCCCACUCUGAGACUCACCUCCUGUAUGUGGCAGAGAGAAAGAGACCCAAGGCAGAAUCCUUCUUUCAGACUGUGUCAGCAGAGCUGUCCUCUACUGGAGACGACGACGAUGCCAUGAGAGUGGAGAAAAAGGAGACUGUGAAAGGGGAGCAGUUUGUCUUCCGUGAGGACUGGGGAGAAGCACUGGUCGGUAAGAACUGCCCCGUGCUCUGUGUUAUGGACAUCGAGGGUGACAACGUCUCGGUGUUGGAAGGCGUUCCUGAAGACAUCUCACCUGGACAGGCAUUCUGGGCUCCAGGUGACACAGGUGUGGUGUUUGUCGGAUGGUGGCAUGAACCUUUCAGGCUUGGCCUCAAGUACUGCCCCAACAGGAGGUCGUCUUUAUUCUACAUGGAUUUCACUGGUGGUAAAUGUGAGCAGCUGUCUUCAGGCACCAGUGCAGUGUUUUCCCCCAGAAUGAGUCCAGACCAGUGUCGAAUCGUCUUCUUGGAGUGUUCGGUGUUUGGACCUCACAUGCAGUGCUGUAGACUCUGUAUGUACGACUGGUACACAAAGAAAACCUCCGUGGUGGUGGAUGUGGUACAAACACCAGGAGAAGAUGGUUUCACCGGCAUCUACACCUCUCAGUUGUCUCCUCAGUGUUGGUCAGCUGACAGUCAGCGGCUCAUCGUAGCUUGUCCUCAGCGCAGCCGGAAGGAUCUGUUGAUGGUGGACAUAAGCACGGGGACGGUCCGCUCUCUGACUUCACAGGGUGACGCUGGCAGCUGGUGUCUGCUGAACAUGGAGAGAGAUCUGAUGGUCGUCUGCUUCUCGUCUCCGAACCGUCCUCCAAGUCUGAAAGUUGGUUUCCUUCCAGCCAGAGAUUCUCGGGAGGAAGUGAGCUGGGUGACUUUGGAGGACUCUCAGAUGUUGCCAGAGAUUAGCUGGCAGAUCUUGACUUUCACGCCUCCCCCAGAGCAAGAAAACAGCCAAUACUCUGGUCUGGAUUUUGAAGCUGUGUUGAUCAAACCGAAGGAGGUGAAGGACGGUGUGAAGCUGCCUCUGAUCGUCUCCCCUCACGGCGGUCCUCACUCUGUGGUCGUGGCUGAGUGGUUUCUGUCCACUGCUGUUCUGUGCAGGAUGGGCUUUGCUGUAUUACUCGUGAAUUAUCGCGGUUCUCUUGGAUUCGGUCAGGCCAGCGUCCUCUCGUUACCAGGCCGCAUUGGAGACCAGGACGUUAAAGAUGUUCAAUUUGCAGUUGAACGUGUUCUAGAAGGCGGUGAGUUUGACGCGGAGAGAGUGGCCGUCUCCGGAGGCUCGCACGGCGGUUUUCUGGCCUGUCACCUCGUCGGCCAGUACCCGGGUUUUUACAAGGCCUGCGUGUCUCGCAACCCCGUCGUCAAUUUGGCUUCGAUGAUCGGCAGCACAGACAUUCCAGACUGGUGCACGGUUGAAGCCGGCUGUGACUACAGCCCAGACAGUUUACCCGACCCCGCUGUCUGGCAGCAGAUGCUGGAGAAGUCCCCGAUCAGACACGUCGCUCAGGUGCAGACACCAGUUCUGCUUAUGUUAGGGGAAGACGACAAACGUGUGCCCAACAAGCAGGGAUUGGAAUAUUACAGAGCUCUGAAAGCAAAACAACUUCCUGUUCGGUUGUUGUGGUAUCCAGGCAACAACCACUCUCUCUCCAAAGUGGACGCCGAGUCCGACGGCUUCAUGAACGCGGCUCUGUGGAUCGUUCAGCACCUGAGUCUCUGAUAGGUAAAGACAGACGGACACUUGCUCUGUCUCUCACUGUGUCCAUGGGUCCAACGCCAAAGCCUCAACACACACACACACGUCAUGUCACUGUAUUUCUACACUCGUCUGCUUCAGGAAAACCCUUCAAAAUUAAAAAAAAUAAACACUAGUUUUUAACACGGA